AUGAAUGACAGUGUGAGAGAAAAUCUCUACAGUGCAUUGAAUGAGCUCCUUCAUGAAGAAUUUAAAGAAUUUAAAUGGAGGCUAGAAAACAUUAACUAUGAUGGGAAACCAAAUAUUCCCAGAGGUCGGUUGCAGAAUGCUGACAAACUGCAACUUGCAGAACUCAUGAUUCAGAAUUAUGGAGAUGUUGUUGCUUGGAAGGUAUGCAUUCAUGUCCUUGAAAAGGGCAAUAUAACAAAUGUCUCAACAAAGCUGAAAGAAACUGUACAGAAAGUUGCAGGUGGUGUUACUCUUCAACAGAUGCCAGAUUCAUCAGAUUACAGAAGCCAUGUUAAAGAAAUAUUUCAGACCAUCGAAGAUCCUAAUUCUUGUCUUGGUGAAUACGAAUACCUAAACGAGAGAUACUCAAACCCCAUCAUCGUAGUUUAUCACCGGCUUGAAAAAGAGAGAGAACAUGAAAUUUUGGCUUCAGGAAAGAAACAUGCUGAAAUUAUGAAUAAAAGAGCCCUUUCUUCUACCACCAUUGGAAAGCUAUUUGACCCUGAUAAACACAUGGUAAUUCCACAAGUUGUGGUACUGCUAGGACCUGCAGGAAUUGGGAAAACCAUGACAGCAAGAAAAAUCAUAUUUGAUUGGGCCUCUGAACGGCUUUAUCAAGACAUGUUUAAUUAUGUUUUCUACAUUAAUUGUAGAGAGAUGAACCUUCAUACAGACAGAGAGGAGAGUAGCAUUGCAGAAAUAAUUGCAAAACAAUGCCUGCCUACCCACGUAGUUAAAGAUACCAUACAAGCAAUCCUGAGCAAUCCAAAGAAGCUUCUGUUCAUAAUUGAUGGGUUUGAUGAAUUCAGAUUUUCCUUUUAUUGGUCUGGAGGCUGCCUUUGUACUGAUCCCUGGAAGAAAACAUCAGUGAGCAUCCUUCUGAACAGUUUAUUUCAAAAAAAGAUUCUUCCUGAAUCCUAUCUCAUAAUCACCACAAGACCAACCGCUUUGAACAAACUCAAACGUUUGGAGCGCCCACAUUAUUUUGAGAUCCUGGGGUUUACUAUAAAGGAGAGGAAGGAAUAUUUCCACAAUUUUUUUAAAAAUGAAGAUAAAGCAACUGAAGCUUUAAAAUUUGUGGAACAAAAUGACACUCUUUUCACCAUGUGUGUGAUUCCCCUUGUGAGCUGGAUCAUCUGCACGGUGAUGAAACAAGAGAUGGAGAGAGAUGAGGACCUUCAGCAGACCCCGUACACCCUCACGGCAGUCUAUCUGCUGUAUCUCUCCAGCUUGUUAAAAUUUCACCAUAAAGAAUCCAACGAGGAUAUCCAAAGAAACUUAAAAGGUUUGUGUUCUUUGGCAGCAGAGGGAAUCUGGAAUCAGCAAAUACUGUUUACAGAAGAAGGACUCAAAAAGCACAAUUUAGAUGAGGAAGACUCUCUUCCCCUCUUUCUAAAUGAAAACAUCUUCAAAAGGGACAUUGAAUGCAUUCAUUCCUUUAACUUUAUUCAUUUAAGCUUCCAAGAGUUUUUUGCUGCUUUGUUUUAUAUUUUAGAAGAAGGAAAGGAGCAACAUUUUAAAAAUGGGGAUGAAAAUUUGCAGACACUCUUAGAAAGCUCUCUGUCUUCUAGGCUUGAUUUUACACUAACAGUGCAAUUCCUCUUUGGAUUUUUAAAUGAAGAGAAGAGAAUGAAAGACUUAAAAAAAGCAUUUGGAUGGAAAAUUUCAUCUGGCAUUAAGGAAUGCUUAUUAGACUGGGUGAAAAAUAUCAUCAAAGAAUGGAAUAUAUAUUCCUGUUUGGGAAAAGAAAUUUUUAGUUAUCUAUAUGAGACCCAGGAUCACAAUUUUAUUAAAAAUGCAUUGGACGCUAUGACUGAACUAAGUUAUGGUUACAACUCAGGGAUGGAACUGAUGAUCCUGGCCUAUUGUAUAGAAGACUGCCAUAAUUUGGAGCAUCUCUAUGUUGAUGGUCCUGCCAAUCCAGUUCUAAGAAACAAAGACUUAUUUCCCUUAGAAACUCAAUUUCGCCGUGGCUUCUUAAAAGAAUUCAGCUGCAGGCAUGUUGCUGAAGUGUUAAAGAAAAACCAGAGACUAAGAGAGUUAUAUCUGUCUGAUGGUGGCAUAAAUGAUGUGGGAAUAAAGCUGCUGUGUGAGGGGCUAAAACAUCCCAACUGCGUACUAGAGAAACUACGCCUUUAUGACGAGCACUUGACAAAAUCCUGUGGCAAGUGUCUUGCUGAAGUUCUCAGGGAAAAUGAAAAUCUGAAAGAGUUAGCUCUGGCUCCCUGUGAGAUAAAUGACAAAGGCAUGGAACUGCUGUGUGAGGGGCUAAAGCAUCCCAGCUGUAAACUAGAGAAACUCUGGUAA